AAGAGAUGCAGAGGAGGUGGUGCCGGCCAGCCGACAAUUACGGGAGCAAAUGUGGGUCCCAUCACUUUUAUAAACAUCCAUCCAUUCCAACACAAUCACUUCAAAUCUCUUUUUCUUUUCUUUGUUAAUGGAUUCUUCAUCUUCAUCUUCUUCAGCUAACCGCGAAGGACACUACAGAGGUGUUAGAAAGCGACCAUGGGGACGCUAUGCAGCUGAGAUUCGCGAUCCUUGGAAGAAGACACGUGUUUGGUUGGGAACAUUUGAUACUCCCGAGGAAGCUGCUCUUGCUUACGACGGCGCCGCUCGUUCCCUCCGUGGAGCUAAGGCUAAAACUAACUUUCCUCCGGCGCCGGUUGCCGCUGGUCUUUGUCUUGAUCUCAACGCUCCUUCAUCUGAUCACCGAUGGCCGCCUGUCCCUUCGCGCAGCUUCGUCGUGACUGAGUUUCUUCAGACUGGAGUUCUCAAGGAUUUUAACACUCCUCAGCCUCCACCUGUUGCUGCGGUCGCUGGACUUAGGCGUCAUGACGGUGCUUUUUCUGUCUCCGGUGGAGUUCAGGUGGCUGAGCACACCUCAACUGCGUCUUAUUUAGGACUCGUCCGACGUGGGAUUCCGAUUGAUUUAAACGAACCUCCACCGUUGUGGCUAUGAAUAUCCUAAAAAAUGAGAAGCGUAAAUGAGAUCCUUUAUCCUAGGUUUUUAACGGCGUCGUUUUGCACUCUCUUUUAAGAUAUUAUUUAGUAAUUAAUUAGGCUUCCAUGUCUUUUUUCCUCUCAUUAGUUUGGUAGAGUUAUCAUUUGUGGAGUAUCUAUCUAUCUAUCUUUGUAAUUUAUGUAACGCUAACAUUUUAGAAAAAAUGAAAAAGAGUAACCUAUGAACUAGUAUGAUAUUGUACUGUACGUAUUGACAUUUAUUUAUUUUCCAUAUUAACAAA